UAAACCCCGCCCCCAACCCGAUUUCCGCUUCCGGCUCCUCCCCGACGCCAUCUUGGCGCCGUCGCGCUCCUGUGACGUCACUAAAAAGGCGCCGCCGCCAUUUUCGGCGCCGUCGCGCUCUUGUGACGUCACCAAAAACGCGCCAAGAGGACGAUGACGCCAUCUUGGAGCCGGCGCGCUCCGGUGACGUCACUAAAAGCCGCGCCAAGGAAACGCCGCCGCCAUUUUGGGUGCCGUGGCGCUCUUGUGAUGUCACAAACGCUCCACAGAAGAUGACGCCGCCAUUUUUGGCGCCGUCACGCUCUUGUGACGUCACUAAAAACGCGACCAGACGCACCCGCCAUUUUCAGCACUGUCGCGCUCUUGUGAUGUCACUAAAAUCCUGCCAAUAAGGAGCCGUCGCGCUCGUUUGACAUCACUAAAAACGCGCCAAUAUGUAGGAGCCGUCGCGUCCUCGUGACGUCACUAAAAACGCGCCUGGACGCAGCCGCCAUUUUUUGCGCCGUCGCGCUCUUUUGACGUCACUGAAACCGCGCCAAGGACUUGGCGCCAUCGCGCUCUUGUGACGUCACUAAAACAGCGCCAAAACCCCGGCGCCGUCGCGCUAUUGUGACGUCACUGAAACCGCGCCAAGAAGCCGCCGCCGCCGCCGCCAUUUUGGCGCCGUGAGCGGGGGGGGGAGGAAGGAGCCGCCGCCAUGAAACCGCCGCGGCGGCUCCGUUUUCUCCCUUCGCGUUUGGCGGAGGCUCCGCGCAGCCCCGAGAGGCCCCGGAGAGGCGCGUGGGGGCUGCGGGAGAAGCGGGAGCUGCUGGCGGCGCUGAGGGCGGAGGCGCGGAGAGGCCUCCCCGAGCAGCGGCUGCCGGCGGCGCUGAGGGAGAAGCUGCCCCGGAGGAGCGAGGAGGAGAUCCGGGCGUUCCUGCUCCAGCUCCGGGGCCGAGCGGCUCGAGAGGCCCUGACCUCGAAAUUCCGGAAAUUUCUGCUCUUCCGGCGCCGGAUCCGCGCCCCCAUCCAGGUUUUUUGGGGAUUUGGGAAUUUUGGGGAAU